CACUAAGCUAUUAGCAUAGUUGCAUGUGUAGUUUCUUCCAGAAACUCAAAACCACUUUGAGUCACUGUUUGUCAUCUCUCUGGUUGGGAGCCUCGCUUUCCUGAAGCACCUUGAACGCAGCACCAAGCAGCUGACCGGCUACCUCCACCUGCUGGCCGCUGGGACAACUACAGCUGAGGCGGAGCAAACACAUCCUUCAUUACCGACCAAGUCCAGAUUGAAGGAGGACAGAAGAGAGGCGAGCCAGUGAAAGCGAACAGAUGUGAGCCGGACUACGAGAAGAGAACAAGCUGUAGUUUUAAAGACGGAGAGAAACCCUUUCAUACUGCUAAUAUGUGGCAACCCGCGUCGGAGCGAUUGCAGCACUUUCAGACCAUGCUGAAGACCAAGCUAAAUGUGCUGACGCUGAGGAAGGAGCCGUUGCCCACGGUGAUCUUUCACGAGCCCGAGGCCAUCGAGCUGUGCUCCACCACACCGCUCACAAAGGGCAGGACCCAUGCUGGAUACAAGGUGGCCUACCUGGGUAAGGUGACAAUCUCUGGGACCCAGUUCCUGUCUGGCUGCACAGAGUCGGCGGUGGUGGGUCUGGUGGAGGGCCGUGCCCUUGCCCAGCCGCAGAGCACCUUCCCCGAAGGCAGCUCUCUGCUGGAGAUCCGGCCCUUCCAGGUGCGUCUCCACCACCUGGAUGAGCACCGCGAGGCCUCAGUAACCAUGGACACCUACCAGGUGGCGCGGAUCGCCUACUGCACGGCCGACCACAGCGUCUGCCCCAACGUGUUUGCCUGGAUCUACCGGGAGAUCAACGACGACCUGUCCUUCCAGAUGGACUGCCACGCCGUGGAGUGCGAGAGCAAGCUGGAGGCCAAGAAGCUGGCGCACUCGAUGAUGGAGGCUUUCCGCAAGACUUUCCACAGCAUGCGCAGCGACGGCCGCAUCCACAAGAGUGGCUCGUCGGACGACUUUGCCGAGGACUCGUCCACCCCCGAAGACUCGACCCCAGACGACGGUUGAACUGAAACUCGCCUUAACUCCCGAUCGCCAUCCUAACAAAGCGAGGGGUUACUGGAAGGAUGGACAGAUUACCUGCUCUCUCUCAUUCUCCCCCUACUAUCUCUUUCUGUUAUCAAUUUGGAUCAAAAUUAACCGACCCUGUGAACCAACACGCCCAGGAUAAUGAAGUAGCUUUUAAAUACUGUAAAUGGAAGGUAGAUGGAAAAGGAGUUACAAAAGACCGACAUUUACAUACAGGGAUAGCAAAGUGCUGCCACUUUGAAUAAAUGGCCCUCAAAGACCCACAGAGGCCGUUCAAGCACCUCUGUAAACGCCCUCAAGAGAUUGACUCGAACAUUUCCAUCUCCAUUUCCAACCACUGUCACUCCUGCACUCAGCAGAGACUCUGUUUGUGGUUCUUAAGCUUUUUUUUCACCCUGGAAACAAACAAAGUUUAUUUCUAUCAACCCCUGCUCAUGACAACCUAUUGCUACUCUUGCCAUGUAGGGACCCAGCAGAAAAUAGGCCUGUGACCUAUUUGGGGUCCCAACCCAGAGUUUAUGAGACUGUUGGAGCACAUAAAUUCUUUAAAUGUUUAAUUAUGUGGAUCUCUGUUACAAUGCCUUCGACCUUGGUAAUAGCAAAUGAGGAUGUGAAAGAAAAGCUAAGCCUUUAAGCACUAUUCAUAUCAUCACGAUGGUACCGUAGUCCAACCCCGAAAUUAUUCGCCGGCAUGGCUGUUACUCCCGUGGACGAUGGAGCUCCUACCGCUGUCUCCGUUGAAUAGGUACUUCAAGAUUCAGAGUAUUCGGACGGCACCUGGGAGAAUAUACGGUGCUACGUAGAUGUUACAUUUUAGAAGUUCUCACCAGGCUGAGAGCCCGGGCCUGUCUGCGACACCUUAAUCAUCCACUUCUGUUUUUGAGUAUACCAAAAUUCAGACUGGAUUUUUUGCCUGUCAGAUUAUGUGCCUCACUUUCCUCUCACAUUAGUUUGGUCUCUUACCCAGGUCUCUGUGUGUAUGUGUGGCCAUGUGUGCUUUCCAACCUAUUCUUUUGUUUCUUUUCUGUUUGUGUGUGUAGGUGUAAUUGCUUACUUCUGUACUUUGUGUAUAUGAAUGUACACGUGAGUGCUUGCAUCUCGGUGUGUGAAAGAGAAAAGGUACGGGAGGAGGAAGAUUAGGGGUGGGGAGGGGGUUAUGAAUGACUUCUCAUCACCCAGGAAGCAUCCAUUUUUGAUGCUUAUGGAGGCGUUUUAAAAAUCAAGACAUGGUACUGUGACCAUUUGCCACGUUUUCUUACUUUUUAUCUCGUAUGAAAUGGAAACAUGAGAGUCUGAAUGUGCCAGUCACUGAGGUUGUAGGACACUGAAAACACAGCCGUCCAAGGUAACGACCGACACCUCCUGGCCUCUGCUGAAUGUAUGAUGAGUCCAACAUCUCCGGUCACUUCAGUCUCCCAUUAUCUCCUCAUGCUAUCAAGCUGCAAGGCGCAGUCAGUGACCAGUUUCACUCUGAUCGAGGCACCAUUGUGGGGCAAAAAACUCACCAGAGCUCCACUUUUCUUCUUCUUCUUCUUUUCUAACUGGACUGUAUUGAGCAGACUGGACGCUAUCAGUGGAAAUAGUCUUCGGUCAGCAAACAGAAGGAUCAGGUGGCUCUGGUCGACACAAAUAUACACACCUACAUAUACAUAAUGUACACACACAUUGUAUUUGAAUCUCGCUCAAUAAGCUUAUGUAAAUACAAAUGUAUCACUUUCCAAAUAUUACAGCAUAAAUGUUGAUAGCUAUUUUAAAUAAUAAAAAAAAAUGUUGAGAACCAUCAUACGAUACAGAAACAGUGUUAUAAAGCCUACUGUGAAUAAUAAGUGGAGAGCCUGAUAGCGGUGGCUGUGUGUGUGUGUGUGUGCGUGUGUGUGUUGGAGGGAUUGUAUGUGGUGGGAAGCGUGGUGGCUGAGGGGUGUGAAUGGACAGGCCGGAGGGAGGGAGAAUGUUUAUAAAGCUGUAGAUUACUGUGUCAUGUCUGUCUGAAAGCUCAGACGCGCUUUAAAUGUUUGAAAAGUGUUACCUUAAGUGUUUUCUAUACAGUGUUUGCAAAGAUCAAGAAACAAUUGCAUAUAAAGUAUUUACCAAGACCGAG